AUGAGCUCGCCUCCGCGCUCACGUUCUUCAACCCCAGGCUUGAACGACUACGCCAACGAAGUUAUUCCCGGAGGCGACCGAUGUCUCAAAUGCAAUGCCCAGGGGCAUUGGGUCCAGGACUGUCCGUUAGCAACUUGCUUCCAUUGUCGAGAGAAGGGCCACAUCAUGGAUGAUUGCCCUGACAAGGCCAACAUAAAGUGCUACGGAUGCAGCGGCUUUGGACAUCUUCGCAAAGAAUGCCCGAAAAUCGAAGAUAAUGCUAGUAGCAUCGCGGUACAAGAAGAAUUGCGUGAAACGCGUCGAAAACUACAAGACACGCAGGAACAGCUGCGGCGCGCGCAGCAGAAGGUUAGUCUGCUGAGCGAAGACUUGAGGGAAGCAAACGAUAAGCAUGAACGUUGGCGCAAAUCCGCACAGAGCAACACCAUGGAUCCCUACGAAGCACUGAGAAUGCUGGGACUGCACAAAAAUCUACAAUACACCCAACUACGCAAGGUUAAUCCCUAUGCAGCGGAAGCGCAACUGCAAUUCUAUGGGCAAUACGUACGGAAUACCUUCAAUCAAAACCCAGAUAUUCUAAGCCGCACGAUAAACAUACUCGUACACGACAUCAACAUCAUCGAGGUCAAGCAGAGCAAUGGUAACUUGAGAUGGAGAUAUGACGUAGCCUUCGCUCUCGCGAGGCAGAUAUCUGAAGCACUGCUUAAGUACGGCUACGGCAGGACUCCAUUGGAUGGUCGCAUAUGCUUGGCACUGCAAGCCGUCGAUACCCAACUGAGUCUCAUCGUCGAGGAGAUGCUUGAAAAUUUCGGAGACGAAGUGAAUUUGAGAAACCCUCAUGAUUGGAUCGCGGCAGAGCAGAAACGCCUUAAGCAAAUUCACGGUAUCACGGAAUACUACCCGGGUACCACAGUGUUGCUAGGACAGCGUAUUCAACAGGUCGGAUAUAGAUGA